UUUGUACGCGCUUUGAGACUCCUCCACUUUGUUUUGCACACCUUGUGCUGUCACCCUUACCCGGGAGUGUUUGUCUUUGAAGGAGCACGGUCGUUUGACUUUGACUAAAAUGGCACCCAAGAAGGACGCAAAGGCUCCCGUCAAGAAGGCUGAACCCGCAGUAGCGGCACCUUUACCUGCAGCUGCAGCUGCACCUGCACCUGCUGCCAAAACCCCGGCUGUGGACCUGUCCGCCGUCAAGAUUGAAUUCAACGCAGACCAAAUCGAAGACUACAAGGAGGCCUUCGGUCUGUUCGACAGGGUGGGUGACAACAAGAUUGCCUACGGCCAGAUCGCAGACAUCAUGCGCGCUCUGGGACAGAACCCCACCAACAAGGAUGUGAACAAACUGCUAGGAAACCCCACCCCUGAGGACUUGGCCAACAAGAGAGUUACGUUUGAAGGUUUCCUGCCCAUGCUUCAGACCAUCAUCAACAGCCCGAACAAGGCCGGGUUCGAGGACUACGUUGAGGGUCUGCGCGUGUUCGACAAGGAGGGUAACGGCACGGUGAUGGGUGCUGAGCUGCGUAUCGUUCUGUCAACACUGGGAGAGAAGAUGAAUGAAACUGAGAUCGACGCACUCAUGGCAGGUCAGGAGGAUGAGAACGGCUGCAUCAACUACGAGGCCUUUGUCAAGCACAUCAUGUCAGUGUAAGGACGUCCCCACCCGACCCCUCCCCUCCCCACCCAACUCCACCACGGUGGUGGUGAGCAUCGAGUAUGUGCAGACCCCAUGGUGUCGAGACAUUGACUCGCUGCUUUCUGCACCACCUGAUGACGCAGGGCAAACAAAGGACUAUGAGAUGCCAUUUCUAAAUCCUUCUAUUGUUUUGUUCCACACAUUUUUUCCCCUCUCGUCUCCAACUGGUGCUUUUUAGGCCUCUUCGGUUCCAGACGUGCUCCUAAAUUUUCAUCUCCCAAAAUUCCUCCGCCUGAUUGGGGCUGUCCCUAGUUUUCUCAGUCCAGGAGGGGGUGGUGGGAUAUUGAAGACCCCGCCUCCCCUCUUUGUAACUCAUUGGCCAGCAGUCUUGAGUGACUGUUUCAGCACAGGACUGGCUACCGAGGUCGAUUCCCUCCUCAUCUUCCCCCGACCCUGAGUCUUAACUUAUUGUACUCUCCUCUGCCAUUUCACAAUAAACUUUUCACAAGUUC